CAGUCUCGCGGAGCUUUGCUGAGGCGACAGACGGAGUGAUAGCAACGGAGAAGCUCAUCAUUACAAACAACAGGACGACAUAGAGAAGGAGUCUGAGUGCUUCCGUCUUUCUCUAAAGUGGUCCAGCACAACCUGAUUUGAACACUUCACACCCAAUACACACCCUGCACAGGAGGAUGGCGGUGAAUGUCCACUCCACCUCUAUGACCAUAGAGAACCUGAGUCGCCAUGACAUGUUGGCGUGGGUCAACGACUCUCUUCAGCUCACCUACACAAAGAUUGAGCAGCUCUGUUCAGGUGCUGCUUACUGUCAGUUCAUGGACAUGCUGUUUCCAGGGUGCAUACUGUUGAAAAAAGUAAAGUUUAAUGCUAAACUGGAGCAUGAAUACAUCAACAAUUUCAAGGUCUUACAGGCUGCAUUCAAGCGAAUGAAAGUGGAUAAGAUCAUCCCUGUGGAGAGGUUGGUGAAGGGGAAAUUCCAGGACAACUUUGAAUUCCUUCAGUGGUUUAAGAAGUUUUUUAAUGCCAACUAUGAUGGGAAAGAAUACGACCCCCUACUGUCACGGCAGGGCCACGAGGGAACGCCGACUCCGCCUAACCAAGGUCCCUUGAGAACAUCUCCCACAGCGCUGAAGAGCGUUCCUCCCCCACAGAGACAGAUCAACAUAGCGGCACCCCGCAGGAACACUCCCGUGGCCCGUAAUGGAGGAGACCCUGAGCUUGUAGAGCUCAACCAGCAGCUGCUGGAUCUGAAACUGACUGCAGAUGGACUGGAGAAGGAAAGGGACUUCUACUUUGGAAAGCUGAGAGACAUCGAGAUCAUCUGCCAGGAACACGAAAAUGAAAACAACCCAGUCGUCACCAAAAUCAUAGGCAUACUGUACACUACAGAGGAGGGAUUUGUGCCGCCAGAGGAUGAUGAAAUUGAUGAUGGAGCACGAAGAGACCAGGAGGAGUACUGAACUCUUUUCUUUAUCACCAGUGGUUUGUUCCCUCUCACCCUGUAACCUGCCUGGUCAUUAUUCUCAUCUCUCUUUUUUCCCUUUUGUUUUACUUUUUACAGUCCCCCCUCAAUUCUCCUAUCUUGUCUGUGGUUGUCCAUAUCCAUAAUGACUUUGUUGUAGCUUCUUAAAUGCCUAAUGAUCAAAGGACACUUAACCCAGACUGUCUGGACUAGGCCCCAUUAGCCUGGCUUGGCUUACUCAGUUUAUCCUAACCUGUUACCAGAGGGGAUGGCAGCGCUACAGGGCUAGUCUGUUCUGUUGGAGGUGUAGGUUAGUACAGUGAGAUUACAAGGAUGCAGCAUUGACAGCCUGGAGCCAACAGUGCUGUCAACCUGUCUGUCUGAAGAGGCAGGUCCCUUUUUCUCACCAUGGGCAUCAGGGUGCUCUGCAGAGUAGUUUAUAUAUGAAUGAAACCAUAUAAUAUUUUUCACACAGUGUGAUCUAUGAUAGCUAUUUUGAUGGUAAAUUUCACAUGGUGAGAUUAUAAAUUGUGUUAGGCCCUUUAGGAGAGCACAUGCAUAUAUUUGAUAUAUGCAUAUUAUGACACAUGAACAUACAUUUAGCCUACAGACAUAUCACAGACUUUGUUCACAUGUACAUAAAAAGGUCGUCCCAGAGUAACAGACCAUCACAGAAUGUUUUUAUCUAUCAAGUUGUCCCACCAGAGCAGGGCUUGCUCAUAAAACUGUUCUGACAGCUUGUGCAUGGGACAGCAUGGUGUAUUUAUG